UCGUGCCCUGUCUGGUUUGGAGGGGAGACAAAAAAAUCGCCUCACGCCGUGCGCCUACCCACCCAGACAGCGGCCUGCCGUGAUGAGCGCGGGACAACAGUGCGCGCGAGACCUUGGUUGGCCAGGCCACGUAGCGAUGGAUGCAGUAUUGAAUCUCCUGCAAGCGUGCAAAACAUGAACGCAAAACGUACAAAAUAAUGCAAACACUUCUAAAAGUGAAACUACGCAACUGUGCAUGCCAUAGCGGGGAGCAUUAACAAGCCGGUUCUUUUUGAACGUCUGCAGGACUCUAGAAUCCCUGCAACUCUGAUUGUACGGAACGAAAAAGAAGAGGGCGCUCUUGCUGAGGGGCGCAGACUACAGAUGACUAAAGGAAUCAGAAAUAAGAGCUUUGAUUCUGGCGUAAAGCUACUUGUAACCACUUUCUAGGUUUGAAGACUGAAGUCCAAAGCUGUUAUCGGGGAGCCUGUCCCUGAGAAGGGAACUAAAACAACAUUGAACUGUUGUCAGCUGAGCCACAGAGACUAAAUAUCUCAAGUUUAAUAGAAGCCUAUGGAACGAAAUGGCUACAGAGUUCCUCUCACUCAGCUUUCCUUCCCUUGCCUGAAGAACAUGGAUGCCCUCUUUGAGUCAGGGUAAACCCUUUACACUCCCCCCUCCCCCCUUUCUCUUUAGUAGCGGAAGGAGGGGUGGGGGAUAAGCACUGUUCCCCCUACCCCUCCUUAAAACACCGAAAGGAAAUUUGUGAAAUCGAUCACCUUUUCUCCUGGAGAUCAACUCGUACCCCCACCCACUUUUAAACCAGUACCCCCACCCAAACCCGGCUCCAUUCCCGCCCUACAUGAAAUCCUGCCAGAGCCUCAAGGAAGACGCGGCCGUCCCAAGCCCUGACGGGAUGUCCCAGGAGGAGGGACGCAGGACGCAGGUGUCUCAGGCCUACUUCCACUCCUCCACCUCAAAUCUGAACCUAUCUAGCAAGCUGUACAAGCGGGAGGGCGGCGGUAAACCGUACUCCGUGCUAGUGGACAACAAGAUGGCCGCCAAGACCCCUAUGGGGGACCAGGCACUCAGCCAGCUGCCCCCUCAGCAUGUGACUGCCCAGCAGCAGCAGUACCACAGAGAAGGGGCAGCUGCGCAUGAGGGAGGCCCGCAUGGGGCCCGGGCAUGCAACAGAGGCCCCUCUGAGGACUCUGACGAGGAUGAGGACGAAGACGAGGACGAGGAGGGUGUGGAUGGUGAGGAGGGGGCUUUCAAGCGUGAGCAGAUCAUUGUCGAGGUCAAUCUGAACAAUCAGACACUUCACGUGUCGAAGGGAGACAACAAAUCAACUCCUCCGGUCGAUGCCUCAGAGAGACAUGAUAGUGAGGAGGAGGAGGAUGACGACGAGGAGGAGGAGGAAGAAAGUCUGGAUGAAGAGGAUGAGGAAGAGGAGGAUGAAGAAGAAGAAGAAGAAAUGGAAAGUCGAAGAACGAGAGCCAAGAGAGCGUGUCGCGGGGCUGGCAGCGCCACGGCUCUUAGUCAGCCGCGGAGGAAGAGCCUGCGAACGGCAAUGAACAGCGCCCCGUCCGGGAUGACCACCAGGGGGCGACGGAAGCGGGCGGAGCCCCCGAAGAGGAGGCGCAGGUCUGCCAGGGAGGCGAAAGCAGCUCCUUCAUCUGCCACGGCCGGCUCGGCCACCGGAGGAGGCAAGGGAGAUGGGGAGGAGAGGGAGUCGCUGGCGUGUGAAAAGUGUCCUCGCGUGUUCAACACACGCUGGUACCUGGAGAAGCACAUGAACGUCACACACAGACGCAUGCAGAUCUGUGACAAGUGUGGCAAGAAGUUUGUCCUGGAGAGUGAGCUGGCGUUGCACCAACAGACUGACUGUGAGAAGAACAUCCAGUGUGUCUCUUGCAACAAGUCCUUCAAAAAAUUGUGGUCUCUUCACGAGCACAUAAAGAUUGUGCAUGGCUACGCUGAGAAGAAGUUUGCCUGUGAGAUUUGUGAGAAAAAAUUCUACACCAUGGCCCAUGUCCGCAAGCACAUGGUCGCCCACACAAAGGACAUGCCAUUUACCUGUGAAACGUGUGGGAAGUCAUUUAAGCGCAGCAUGUCACUGAAGGUGCACUCACUCCAACACUCUGGAGAGAAGCCCUUCCGCUGUGAGAAUUGUGACGAGCGGUUCCAGUACAAGUACCAGCUGCGUUCCCAUAUGAGCAUCCACAUCGGACACAAGCAGUUCAUGUGCCAGUGGUGCGGCAAGGACUUCAAUAUGAAACAGUACUUUGACGAGCACAUGAAAACACACACAGGAGAGAAGCCUUUCAUCUGUGAGAUCUGCGGGAAGAGCUUCACCAGCCGGCCCAACAUGAAGCGCCACCGCCGCACCCACACAGGAGAGAAGCCCUACCCCUGCGAGGUGUGCGGCCAACGUUUCCGCUUCUCCAACAUGCUUAAGGCCCACAAAGAGAAGUGCUUCCGGGUGACCAGCCCCGUGUCCCUCCAGUCCGGCGGCCUCCCACUGCCUCUCCACCUCACUGCCAACGCCCCUUCCUCCUCUGGGCCUGGCUCCAGCCUCGUCCCACCGGCAGCCACCCCUGCCCCCACCACCUCCUCCUCUCUGGGCCUCAACCCCUCCGGAGGGUCCCUUCCUCCCCGUGGCCCCGUGGGACACACGUUUUCCCACCUGCACCUGCAGUCGCCUCCCUCUCACCAUCACCCGCAUCACCACGCAGCCCAGCACCACCCCAACGCGGCGCAGCACCCUCCCCUGCACCAUCACCUGUCUGUGCAGACGGUCUCCCACCUGCCCCCUCCCCCAGCCCUCUUUAAGAGUGAGCCCCUCAACCACUGUGGGCACAAGGACAGUAGCUACCUGCGCCACAUGGCCCCCCCUGAUGAGGCUCCUGGAGGCCCCCAGCACCACUGAACCCUCAACAGGAUUAGCAUUCCACACCACACCUCAGCCUGACCUGCUUCACCUUUUACCUGAACUGCAGGUGUAAAGGGCCCCUUCAAAGACUCUGUAAAAAAAACACUGUAGUGUGUUAAAAAAAAAAUGGACCUCUACAUUUAAAAUGUGUGUGACCCCAGUCAAACACCAAUUUUACAACCUCUUGCUAAAAAAAAUGUUCUAAGGAAACAAUGUUGGUAGACAACCUGCAGAAGAUUAUGUAUUUGUAGAAAACCUGCCUUUUCUGGUAGGGUGUAUAUGUAUUAUGUGGGUUUCCUCUUUUUCAUAUGUGAUCGUGUACAGUGUAUGCUCUUCAUUGAUGGCUGCUGAUGUUGUUCCUCAACAAUUAAAUCAACCAAGUUAGUGGAUCAGAAUAGGUCCAUUUCAUCACCUUCUCAGUUCUCAUAGUCAUUUACUUUUUGUUCUAUUUUUCUCCUCACAUUUCCAAGGUAGGACUGUGGGCCCUGGUUGUUCAGGUUCUGUUUGACACAGGGCUCCUUCAUGUCCCUUACGGCAAUCCUUUCAGGAUCAACAGCAGUGUCGGGCACAAGUCAAGGUCAUAGGUCACUGGGGGGCUAUCUUGUUCAAAGCAUUAGGUAUGACCUGCUAAGGGUCUGCUUCAGCCUGAAGGCUAAUUGGUGCGCUCCAUUACAGGACAGUACAGUUGUUAGUCUAUUUUCAGUUUACGUUUCUGUGGCUUUCACACAGUACCACAUACAAUAUUACUGGUCUCUGGCUGUUCCUUGACUUUCCCUUUUGAUAUAGUGCCAUCCAGUCCUGCUCCUGGAGAUCCACCCUCCUGUAGGUUUUCUACAAACGGUUGUAACUAUUAACAAUAAACGGUUGUAACAAACAUGACUCCGAUGGUCACCCAGCUAAUUCAUAGACUUGGUUGUGUUGGUUUAGGGGCUGGAAUGAGAACCUGUGGAGCGGUAGCUCUCAAGGAGCAGGGUUGGGCCACCCUGGGUGAGAGCUUCUUGUCAGUGUAAAGGUUCAAUAAUGACACUGUGAUGACUUGGAUGCACUUGAUGUCCCCGCCUGGCUCUCCUCUGUUUCACUCUGUCUCUGUAUCUCUCAUUGCUGCUGCCAAGAUAAUACGGGUCACCAUGGACAAGGUCAUAAAACACCGUGCAGUAUAGGGGUUGUGCUCCAUUAUAAAAAUUAAUUUUAUAUACCCAGUUUAUAUCUUAGUGUGGUAUAAAGUAGGGCACUUUGUAAGACAAACUUAUUUUGCUUUCUCUCAUACUGUUAUCCACUUUGGGAUGUAUGAAAAACUUGGGACAGAGAGGUUAGUCAACUUGAAUGUUCCCUACAUGUUGGAUUUGUUUAACUGAUCAAUCACACCUUUUCAACAAUAUUUUCUGGAAAUUUGAUAUAUGGUAAAUAAUUCUCAUCCCACUGUACUUAGUAUGUCAUAGAUAAUGGGGUCAGGAGGGGAGGGGGGGUGGCUAUAUAACCCUAGCAAAUCUAUGUUUCUUGUAUAGAUAUAUGUAUAUUUACCCAAAUUGUCAAAAGAAAUCACAUCUGUAAAUGUAACUUUUUUUUUCUUUUUUUUUGUGUGUGUGAAUGUCUUGUUGUAAGGUGUUCUGGUAGAAGAGAUAUGGGUUGUAAGUAUUCUUGAUGGAUUGUUCAGUUGGGUUAUUGCUCUCGCCCUAAUCCAAUCUAGGACUGUUAUCAGUUUGAGUCUUAAGGAACAACAUUGAGCCUUGUUCUAAUGAGUGUGUGUGUGCGCGCUAGCAACCGUGUGUGUGUGUUUUAGUAAGCCCUCUGGUGCUCUUGUAUCAAAAGCUGCUUUUUAAGUGAUCUGACCCAUUCUUUAUACAUAUGGGGAUUCUAGAGAUUGAUGAUUGCAGUAACUUUAGCGAGUCCCACUAACCAUCUUGAGUUGAGGGAACUUGGACCUUAAAUUGAGUUAUUUAAAGGUCCCAUGACAUGCUGUUUUUGGAUGCUUUUAUAUAGGUCUUAGUGGUCCCCACAUACUGUAUCUGAAGUCUCUUUCCCGAAAUUCAGCCUUGGUGCAGAAUUACAGCCACUACGAGCAGUCCCACAAUGAGCUUCCUUAGGAUGUGCCAUUUCUGUGUCUGUAGCUUUAAAUGCUAUGAGGAAGACAGAGGCGGGGCUAACUGCCAUGCUUCGGUCGUUUGCAAGCCAUGAUGUCUCGAGGAAAACCCAAUAUCGCGCUCGCACGGUCGUACCUCAUUUUCUCAUUGGCGGGCCAAAUUCUCUUGGUGGGCAAAGCAGAGAAAGGGGAGGUAACCUUUCCCCUUAUGACAACAUAAGGGACCAUCUGAGCUUUAAUUUUCUCAAAGGCGGAGCAGGAUACCCAGGGCUUGGUUUACACCUAUCGCAAUUUCUAGCCAGUGGGGGACCAUAGGUAGGCUAGGGCAACUCAUAUUAAUUUUUUAAAAACCUCAAAGUGAAAUUUUCAUGCCAUGGGACCUUUAUUUAACGCAGCACAGGCACGGAAAACCCUCCUGUUGAGUUGUAUAGGACUCAACGGUGUCCGCUUAAUCAGUAGCCCUCUUGUUCACUACUGUGCUUUGAAUGUUUCAGUAUCAGUCUUUCGGUCUUUUUCUUCAAUGCCUUUUUUUUUUGUUUGUGUAUCCUCUGCACUUUACUGCUGUGUUAAUGAGGCGUGGUGAAGGGGGGGACUGACGGUGUGUUGUGGGUGUGUUUUUGGGGCAAGGGGGGCUUGUGACUGGUCUAGUGAGCGGCUGUUUGUGGCAAGGAAAAGGAGGAGAAUCGAGGUGGGGAUGGGCAUGAGACAGACAUUUCUUCGUUUAAUUUUUUUCCUUCAACUAAAGAAAUAUACUUUAGCCCUAAUAUGAACCCCAAUGAGCGAUGGAAUACUUCUGCUUUGGCUAUUUACACUAGCCCCUCCCUCUCAGUUUAAUCAAAACAAUCUUUUAUUGGUUGUGUUUGCUCAUAUCGAGUUAUUUGUUGUGUAUCGUUUUCUCUUUCAAUUUACUGUAUGAUUCUCCUCCUUUAUUCUUUGUUGUAUAGAAUGCACUUUCUACUAAAAUCUUACUCGUUAAGAGAAAUAAUAUUGUAUAUUCUUUAAAGAAGUUUUAAAUAAUCAAUAUACUUUCCCCCUUGUAUUUUUAACCACUUAAUGUAGCAUUGCGUAUUUUAUUAUUGUGAGUGUCUGGUACAAAAUUGUGCAGCUUUAUAAUGUCUUGGGUUGUCCUUUUUGUAUGUUUGUUUCUGGAGUUAAAGGAAGAGUGGAAAUGUUGGGCCUUUUUUGAUAAUGUACAUUUAACAGACUCUCAGCUAACUUUCAGAAGUAAAAACAAGUAGCCAUGAUUAUCACA